AUGGCACGAAAUGAAGAGGGUUCUGAUUACAUAUUUUUAUUAAUUGUUGCCAUUUUUAUGGUUGCUACAGGAAGUUUAAAUACACUUUCUGCUAAAUGGGUAGAUCAAUUAGCUUUUGAUCAUCCAGUUUUUCAAACAAUUUGUAUGUUUUUUGGUGAAUUUUGUUGUCUGAUUGUUUAUUUAAUUAUGCAUUUUAUUCGAAAACGACAAUGGAAAAUGCGAAAUCAAUUUCAUGAGGGUGGCGCUAUUUUCGAUUUGGACCUGGAAGACGAGCCUAAAUUGCCGAGAUUUAAUCCUUUUAUUUUCCUUCCUCCUGCAUGUUGUGAUAUGUUAGGCACAUCUAUUAUGUAUGUUGGGCUUAAUUUGACAACAGCAUCUAGCUUUCAGAUGCUUCGAGGCUCUGUGAUUAUUUUUACUGGACUACUUUCGACAGCUUUUUUACGUGCACGUUUGAGAGGAUUUAAAUGGCUAGGAAUGGGCUUGGUUGCUUUAGGUCUUUUAGUUGUUGGUUUAUCUGAUAUUGAAUUUGACACAAAUCCAAAUGAUGAUUUAAAUGCAAUUAUAACUGGGAAUUUAUUGAUUGUAAUUGCUCAAAUUGUUGUCGCAAUUCAGAUGGUUUCGGAACAAAAAUUUGUUCUUGAAUAUGACGUCCCUCCACUUUUGGCAGUUGGUUUAGAAGGUUUUUUCGGGAUGAUAAUUCUUUCUCUCCUUUCUUUGCCAAUGUACUUUAUUCACGUGCCUGCUACUUUUUCAAAAAAUCCCGAACAUCGACUUGAAGAUAUUUUUUAUGCAUUUAAACAAAUACAUGAAAAACCAAUAGUUUUGUUGGCUUUAUUUUUUGUAAUUAUAAGUAUUGCAUUUUUUAAUUUUGCUGGAGUGACUGUAACUAAACAUCUUUCUGCUACCACUCGAAUGGUUUUGGAUAGCGUUAGAACUUUUGUAAUUUGGGCUUUUUCUAUUCCACUUUUUGGAGAAAAUUUUAUUCCUGUACAGUUAAUUGGUUUUGCUUUAUUAACGCUUGGAAUGUUUGUUUACAACGAUUUACUUUUUGGCCCUUGGUUUCGAAGAGAAAUUCUUCCAAGAAUUCAUAAUGAAAGAAUAGCUUUAUGUCUCGCUUCAUUUUGUGGAUUGGGGGGAUUGACUGAGAGUGACAAUAAUCGAUAUAAUCGUGAAAGAUUUGAACGAAUAGAAGAGGAAGAAUGA